UGGGGGGCGGCGGUCCCGGGAGCAGCCCCGCCCCCGCCUGCGCACCGCCCCCGAGGAGUCCGCGGGGAGGAGGAGACUCGGGCGCAGAGCGGGGGCCGCGGGAAGCGAGGAGGGAGCGCGCGGGGAGCCGCGGGGCCGGGGCCGGGGCCGGGGCCGGCCCAAGGGCGCCCUCGCCUCGGAGCCGGGCGUUGGGGCCGGGGUGGAGGCGGAGGCCGGCGGGGCCGCGGGCGCAGAGAAGUUUGCGGCGGAGGGCCUGGCGUCCCGGGGUCGCGAGGCGGCGGCGCGGGGGCCGGGACCAUGGGGGCGGAGGCGGAGGCGGCGCGGCGCGCACAGGCAGCCCAGAGCGGCGCGGCCGCCGCGGCUCAAAGUUAGCCAGGCGCCCCGGGACGAGCCCCGCAUCCGCUCCGGGCCCCGGACGCCGCCCCGGCAUGGGCGAGCACCCCAGCCCGGGCCCCGCGGUGGCCGCCUGCGCCGAGGCGGAGCGCAUCGAGGAGCUGGAACCCGAGGCCGAGGAGCGGCCGCCGGCGGAGGACCACUGGAAAGUCCUGUUUGAUCAGUUUGACCCUGGGAACACAGGCUUCAUCAGUACAGGCAAGUUCCGGAGCCUCCUGGACAGCCACAGUUCCAAGCUGGACCCGCACAAGAGGGAAGUACUCCUGGCUCUCGCCGACAGCCAUGCCAACGGGCAGAUAUGCUACCAGGAUUUUGUCAACCUGAUGAGCAACAAGCGGUCCAACAGUUUUCGCCAGGCCAUCCUGCAGGGGAACCGCAGGCUCUGCAGCAAGGCCCUGCUGGAGGAGAAGGGGCUGAACCUCUCCCAGCGACUCAUCCGUCACGUGGCCUACGAGACCCUGCCCCGGGAAAUUGACCGGAAGUGGUACUACGACAGUUAUACCUGCUGCCCCCCGCCCUGGUUCAUGAUCACGGUCACACUGCUAGAGGUUGCCUUUUUCCUUUAUAAUGGGGUGUCGCUGGGCCAGUUUGUACUGCAGGUAACCCACCCACGAUACCUGAAGAACGCACUGGUUUACCAUCCACAGCUCCGAGCACAGGCUUGGCGUUACCUGACAUACAUAUUCAUGCAUGCGGGGAUAGAACACCUGGGACUCAACGUGGUGCUCCAGCUCCUGGUGGGGGUGCCUCUGGAGAUGGUGCAUGGAGCAACCCGCAUUGGUCUUGUCUAUGUGGCCGGUGUUGUGGCAGGUUUGCUGCUUCAGCUCUUCACCUUGACAGCGGUGCCCAAGGGAGCUUUGCGUGUGUGUUUAAGGUCCUUGGCAGUGUCUGUGGCUGACAUGACCGCACCGGUGGUGGGCUCCUCUGGAGGGGUGUAUGCGCUCGUCUCUGCCCAUCUGGCCAACAUCGUCAUGAACUGGUCAGGCAUGAAGUGUCAAUUCAAGCUGCUGCGGAUGGCUGUGGCCUUGAUCUGUAUUUUAUUGAGAUAAAAUUGACACAUGGCCCUGCAUGAGUUACAGGUGUACAGCCUGAUGAUUUGACUUAUAUACAUCACGAAAUGGUUAGUACCAUCAGCUUAGCAAACAUCCGUCAUCUUGUAUAGAGGCAGAAUUAAAGAAAUUGAAAAAAAAUUUUUUUUCCUUGUGAGAAAAGUAAUUUCUUAACCUUUUGGGUCACGGAGUCGAUCCUUUGAGAUCUCCUACUGGAAACUGAAGAUUACUUUCCAGAAAAAGGCACAUAUGGGCAAGCUCACAUGGGCAUGCACACACACACACACACUCUAAAACUUGCAGUUUAGCAGGUUCACAAGCUAUAGCUAAUCCACGAACCCUUGUGAACAGGUGUGAUGAGGGCCUUCGUUGAGAGAAGCCAGUCUACCAGCAAAGGACAUUUUGAGUGUGAAAGACAAGACAGGUGUUCACCAGGUAGACAGGAUGCAAGAGGCCACUUCAGGUGCAGCAGAAACAAAGAUGCAGAAGAGUGAAGGGUAAUGGCUGGCAAGUUGGUUAACAAAACUGACCCAUGAGGUUUAGGACUGUGUGUGAUUGUGUAAGAGAUCACUGGAGUCAGACCAUGGAGGGAUUUAAAUGCAAAGAGAAAAACUGGGCUUCAUCCCUGGAUGCACUAGGAGGCCAGUGAGGGGCUUUAAAUGAGGGAGAUGUUUACAAUUUUGAGUUUUCAGUGACUCAUCAGAUUGCAGUGUGGAGGGGGAGGUAUGUGCAGGGGAUGAGACCAGAGGCCAAGAGGCUCAUUCUGAGAUGGAAAGAGAUGAGUCUGAACAGAAAGAGAAGAGGGACACACAAACUCUCAUUCAGUCCCCAGAACAUGGCUAUGAAGGGCGGAUUGUUUUUAGGCUCAAUUUACAGGCUCAGAACAUGAAGGUCACCCCCCUACAGGUGGUAGAGGCAGAAUUCAGAGUGAGCCUGUGCCGUCUCUAAUGCCCUGCACUUUUGCCAGGCUGGGCAGGAGCUCCGGGACUAUCUCUGUCUGGGUCAGCCACUUGGUUUGCGGGGAAGAGGAAAAACUGAGCCAGAACAGAUAUGGAACGGAUAAGGGGCCCGGGUGGGCUCCAUUUAAAUCCACUUCCACAUCUUUUGUACCCCAUGGCUUUCAGGAUCCUCUGAUCUCUGUUUCCUUGAUGGCGUUGGAGGAUUUCUAAUCCCAGAAAGGAACUUCCAGCUCUAAAACUCACAGAAUCUUUGAAUCAGGGUCUGGGGGCGGCAGGGGGUUGGGAGAGGCUAUGGGAGGCAGUGGGCUAGGAGCUAGGGGGAGCAUAGCUUCCUCAUCUGCUCAGCCUGAGUUUGUCUGUUUGUAAAAAAGGGAGCAGAGUCAUGAGUCUUACUGUUUAAAAGAAUACAACCUGGGGACUUCCUUGGUGGACCAGUGGUUAAGACUUCUUCUUCCAGUGCAGGGGCUGCAGGUUAGAUCCCUGGUUGGGGAGCUAAGAUCCUACAUGU